GGGCGGGGCGUAGCAUUGUCAACAUCCUGGUGACGUCACGCAUUUCUCCAAAAUGGCGGACGUGGAUCAGAGAGCAGGAAAGGAAGAGCCGGAGCCAGAGAGUGAGGAUGAGGUGUACGAGGUCGUGGACCUCACAGAAUAUGCUCGGACACACCAGUGGUGGAGCACUGUGUUUGGGAACAACUCCGGCCCCAUCGCAGAGAAGUAUUCUGUGGCCACGCAGAUAAUGAUGGGAGGUGGUGCUGGAUGGUGUGCAGGAUACCUGUUCCAGAAGGUGGGGAAGAUUGCUGCCACAGCUGUGGGGGGAGGGUUUCUCCUGCUCCAGAUAGCCAAUCACAGCGGCUAUGUGCAGGUGGACUGGAAGAAGGUGGAGAAGGAUGUGAACAAGGCUAAGAAACACCUGAAGAAGAAGGCCAAGAAGGCAGCGCCAGAAAUCAACUCUUUCAUCGAGGAGGUAAAGGCGACCGACUUCAUCAAGAGGAACAUCGUGGUGUCCAGUGGCUUCGUGGGCGGCUUCCUGCUAGGCCUGGCCUCCUAAACGGGACCCCCUUUGCUGAUGGAGGGGCCCGGGGCCCCUGUGGUAACCUACUGUGAAACCCCUUCGACACGUCGGUGGAUCUGGUUAACUCGUAGGCCCCCGUCACUACAGUUACAGCACGCUCGACGAGUUCAGCCACCAUGUUGUCUCUUUUCUCCAUUUUACCUCUUUUAAGUCGACAUGCUAUGGAAAAAAAAAAAUGCUAUUCACUAAGGUAUCAUUCAUGCGCGUUGCAAUUCGAACAGAAAAUGGGUUACGCACAGAGUUCACCUUUUUCUACCGUUGUCUCCUCAAGGGUGGUUGAGGAGGGUGAAAACAAGGGUUCAAAACUGCUCAAGACAUCUUUUUUCUUAUCAAUGACAUGUGCCAGAGUGCAGAUAUAUACCAAGCCGCCACAAAAGGACACUCAAAGCCCUGUUUGACUUUGACGUUUAUCCCUAUUCCCUGCCACCUAUUGUCCUGCUGGAUGAAAUAGUCUAAAGCUAAUCCCAUAUAGAAGUCCCUUGUACAUAAAUAACUCUUUCUCGCUCCGAGACCUGUAAAUAAUAUGAAUAUAUAAUAUGGUAGGGAUGGCUCAGAUUCAUAUUUGCCUAUUAUGAUAAGAUGGGUCACCUCAGAUUGUGAGCUUAACCACAAACUGAAGUGUUUUUAACAAUCUGAUGAUAAAUACUGUGACGUGCGCAAAAUGGUUGAGUUAAGUGGAAGUUGGGUUCCCUAUGGGUUAUUAUACAAUACACAUCACCAGACCAAGAAGCCGGUACAUAUUAAGUGCCCUAUGUGAGGCAUUCAUGUGUGUGUGAUGUAUUUUUUUAUUUUCUCACUUAACUUUGCAAUGCAAAGAGCAUGAAACUCCAUCUUUCACGUAUAAACCUUUGUCAUCGAUGCCUAGCUGUCCUGGACGUGGACUUGGUUUGCGAAAAAGAAAACCACACCACGCCUGUGAUUCCUGUAGCUUUGCUCUUUGUCAUCUUAGAGUAUUAAUGAGUGUCAGUGCAAUAACACUAGUACAACGACGUUGCCAACUUUUGUGUUUUUUCUCAGUUACGAUCAGCCUCUAGUCAGGGCACGCACAGUUUAAACCAGUUAAGUUGCUAUCGAUUCACUGUCUUUGAGUUGCGUUUGCAUUGCCUUUAACUUUAAAGUGUAAAAUACCGUGAGUGGUUUAACAGAUGCCUGCUGCUUGUUCUAAGUUUCCGUGAACACGUUUUACGGUCCCUUUGGGUUUUAUUUUGGAUGACACGUUGCUGUUUGGAUGUACAUAUUGUUGGUUUUUGUUCUGAAAUAAAGUUGUUUUCACCAAUAUAA